AUGGUUGGAUUAGAUGAUAUAAAGGUUGAUCAUAAUCAUAAAAUAGGCAAUAAUGGUGAAACAGUUGCAGAUGCUUUGAAAAGACUUGAAUUUCAGAGACAACAGCGAAUGUUUUUACUGCCCACGCUUGAUGAGGAAGUACGGGCUGCGUUGAAUUGGUUGCACAAGCCAGAGGAACUGAAAAAUGAGGAUCAACUGUCCAGGCGUGAAAGACUGGCUGAACUUUUAUACUCUGACGAUGAAUUGCUUACUCGGUUCAAGGCAUCACCCUUUGGAUAUAAUGCAAAAGGUCAAUCGGAAACUUCUGAAGACCUCGGAGAAGGUAAAGCAGAAGAAGAGGAAUUCUACACACCAGCAAGCUGGCAGUUGAUAGAGUCCCGAAAAUCUAUUAUAAAAUAUUCAAUGGAAAAUGCCCACGCCAGGCUUCUGCGUCAAAGGCGUAUAGCUGAGAAUCUCUCCAUUAAGAAACUUCUGUCUGGUAGAAGAAAUCUCAAUAAGAAAUUGCGAACUUUAGAAUUAGCUGGAUCUCAGUUAGUAGCGGAAAAACCGGUUUCAGAAGUCUGUGUUUCUAAGGAUGAUGUUUACGUUGCCAGUGGGAACUGGGGUGGUCACAUCAAGGUUUUGAACAGCGAUACCCUGGAUAUAGUAAAAUCUUUUGAUAAUGUUCAUUCAGGUAAAGUUUGUGGGUUGGACUGGCAUCCUACAGCAAAUAGCCUUCUAUCAGGAGGUGCAGAUAAUCUUGUAAAAAUUACUAAUCUAGAUCAGGGAUCGUGUGCCGAAUUAAAGGACCAUGUCGGAAGAGUCUGUAAAGUGAAAUUUCAUCCUAGUGGAAAAUUUGCUGCCAGUGCCUCAUUCGAUAUGACAUGGAUCCUAUGGGAUUUAGAAAAGGCACUAGCUAUUCAAUUACAAGAGGGACAUUCUAGAGAAGUUUUCACGCUUGGAUUUCAAACGGACGGUUCAUUGCUAGCCAGUGGCGGCUUAGACUCCAUUGGUCUCAUCUGGGAUCUUAGAUCGGGAGAACCUAUAAUGAAUUUGGUUGGUCAUCAGAAGCCCAUUUAUGGCCUAGAUUGGUCGCCAAAUGGGUAUCAGGUCGCCACUGCAAGCGGAGAUGGUUCUAUAAAAAUCUGGGAUCUACGAAAACAGAGCAUUGUUAGUACUCUACUAGCCCACAGGAAUGUUGCCUUUGAUAUCAAAUUUGAUAAAGCAAACGGACACUUUUUGGUUUCAGGGGGCUAUGACCGAGAACUUAAGAUAUUUAAUGCUGAUAACUGGGAGUUGAUUAAAACUCUUGAAGGACACACAGAUAAGAUACUUUCUGUGGACUUAGUUAGCGACGGUUCAAAAUUCUUUAGCACUGGGUGGGAUCGAACUGUGAAACAAUGGACACUUAGUAGUUGA